AUGGGCAAAUGGCGAUAUGGUGUUGUCCUGGACGCUGGUUCGUCUGGGACCCGUGUCCACGUGUAUCGCUGGCUGCGCAAUGUCGUUGCGCGCCAUAAGGCUGAUGCCGACGACUUAAAAUCGCUCCCAGAAAUCAAGACCAAGGAGGAAUGGGUAAAGAAGAUUCAUCCCGGUGUUUCUUCCUUCGCCAAUCGACCCGAUGCCAUCGGCCCAGAUCACCUUGCAGAACUGCUAGAACACGCCAAGAGCGUUAUACCUGACGAGGAUGCGAAUGAUACACCAAUCUUUUUGCUCGCCACGGCCGGAAUGCGUCUGCUGGGAAACCUGGAACGACAACUACUUCUCGAUCAGAUCUGCUCCUACGCACGUGCGAACACCGAUUUCUUGCUACCAGACUGCGGUGCUCAUAUUCAAGUGAUUCCCGGUGUAACGGAGGGACUAUACGGAUGGAUUGCGACCAACUACUUAAUGGGCACUUUUGACUCUCCCCAAGCCCAUGACCACGGCAAGGGACAUCAUACCUAUGGCUUUCUGGAUAUGGGUGGCGCAUCCGCCCAAAUUGCCUUCGCUCCGAACGCGACCGAGACUGAAAAACAUGCGAAUGAUUUGACUUUGCUACGACUGCGGAAUAUCGAUGGGUCUGAGCAAGAGCAUCGAGUAUUUGUGACAUCCUGGCUGGAAUUUGGCGUUCAUGAAGCUAGACGCCGUUUUGUCGAAGCAUUGCAGGCGGCGAUGGGCUCAGGCACUGAAGAACUACCGGAUCCUUGCCUUCCCAAUGGUCUGCGCACGACCUUGGAUGGCAAGGAACUACAGCUAGGAAGUCUUACGGGGCCCACUUUGGUUGGCACUGGUAGGUUUGAUGAAUGUCUACGCCAAACUUUCCCUUUGCUGGAUAAGGAUGCACCUUGCUCAGAUGCCCCGUGUCUCCUACACGGCGUUCACGUCCCGGCCAUUGAUUUCGACGUGAAUCAUUUCAUCGGUAUCAGCGAGUACUGGCAUACAACCCACGAGAUCUUCGAGAUGGGUUACAAGGACAAGGCAUACGACUUCAACACGUACCAAGAGCGGGUUAAAAUCUUCUGCUCUCAGGAUUGGGACUCCAUUGAACAAGGGAUUGAGACACAGCAGUGGGGCAAGAAAGUAGACCAUGAAAAGGCCUACGAAGUUUGCUUCAAGGCUUCGUGGAUCAUCAAUAUGUUACACGAUGGCAUCGGGAUCCCAAGGGUUGGUCUGGAAGAUACUUCAGGUUCCUCUCACAACGGAACUAAGGAAGUCUUGUCCCAUGGCGAGGAGAAGGGCUAUCUGGAUGCUUUCCAGGCUGUGAACAAGAUUGACUCGACCGAAGUCAGUUGGACACUUGGCAAGAUGGUCCUAUAUGCUUCUUCUCAGGUACCCACGGAGAAUGAAGCAGCACUGCCUGUUGGUUUUGGUAGCAAUAUUCCCGGUAUACCCGAGGAUUUCCAAUACCCCAGCGUGCAGCUUGUGCCAGAUGCGGAGGGUUUCCACAGCGAGCACUGGCAUGACUCAUUGUUUGACGGAGACUCUCCUCGCCGUAUUCCUGGGCUCCUCCUGUUUCUAUUCAUCAUCGUUGUGGCGGCCUUUUUCCUUUGCGGUCGCAGCCGUCGUUUGCGGAUCUAUCACCACAUCAAUAAUCUCCUUCGCCGUGGGGGUCCGUCUCAUCCCAACCACCCGAAGAAACGAAGACCCUUUAUCGGCAUGUUGCCAUUCCUCAACCGCAAUGCUCCUUCUUAUGAGCGUGUCAUGGAGGAUGGUGCGCAAGAGUUUGACCUGGGUGGAGUUGACUCUGAUGCUAGCGACUUAGAUGGAGGCCGUGCUUCUGAUGUUGAUGGGAUGAACCCUCGUCCACCAAAGCGGGCUUCCAGCUGGGGCAGCAGUGGUAACACUCCUAGUUUGAAAUAUACCCUUGACAACAGCUCAUCGGGUACUAUUGGUCUGGGCAUCAGUGGUGGAUCAGGCAUUGCGAUGGAUCGGGCCGGCUUGGUGGUGCGGACUGAGAGUCGGGAUCACCUGGCUCCUAUCGCUCUGGGACCUACCACAAACGGGCGACGUUCUAGAGCUGGCAGUCCCACACGAUCUCUUCAUCAGAAAUCGCCCAUCCUGAGUCCCCUUGCCGAUGAUUAA